GAUCUAAUGUUCUUGGAUCCAACGAUUUGCCGUUUGGCUUAUCUAACCGGCUAACCAUUUCCUGGGCAUUCAAAUGUAUAUAUUUGUGUCUAGAAUCUAUGUAAGUACGGAUUUGUAGAAUUGUAGGCAUAUAGAUCAGAAUAGCUAUCAUCUUCUAUCCACGUUCGAACUUUUAAUUAGAUGACAGAGGUGGCGGUUGUGAGAAAUAAGCAAGUCAUACUCAAGGACCACGUGGAUGGAUACCCGAAAGAAUCUGACUUGGUGGUAAAUUCUGAUGCCACCAUUCGUUUAGAGCUACCUAAGAACGAAGCCGGCCUCAUAUUAACAAAGAAUCUCUAUCUGUCAUGUGAUCCUUACAUGAGAAGUCGCAUGAGAAGUAAGAUGGAAGGAAGUUACACAUCUUCUUUCAUUCCAGGCGCGCCUAUAUCCGGAUAUGGAGUUGCUAAAGUUCUGGAUUCGACUCAUCCUGACUUCAAGAAAGGCGACUUGAUAUCAGGACUCAUUAACUGGGAAGAAUAUAGCAUGAUCACAAAUCCACAGUUGUUGAUAAAGAUUCAACAUACGGAUAUCCCUCUUUCCUACUAUACUGGAAUCCUCGGUAUGGCUGGAAUGACUGCGUACGCUGGUUUUUAUGAAGUUUGUUCUCCAAAGAAAGGAGACACGGUGUUCGUGUCAGCAGCAUCUGGGGCUGUUGGUCAGCUCGUAGGCCAAUUUGCAAAACUCUAUGGUUGUUAUGUUGUUGGAAGUGCCGGAUCCAAAGAUAAGGUUGAUCUACUUACAAAUAAAUUUGGGUUUGAUGCGGCAUUUAACUACAAAGACGUGCAAGAUCUCAAUGCCACUUUAAAGAGCUACUUUCCGGAUGGUAUUGAUAUUUACUUUGACAACGUUGGUGGAAAGAUGCUUGAUGAAGUAUUGCGCAACAUGAGGAUUCACGGUUGCAUUGCUGUAUGCGGGAUGAUUUCACAGUACAACCUUGAACAACACCAAGGCAUAGAAAACCUCAUUUUCAUUAUCUUGAAACGUGUUCGAAUGGAAGGGUUCUUGGUUCUUGAUUACUAUCACUUAUAUCCUAAAUUCUUGGACACCAUUUUGCCUCUCAUUCGAGAAGGUAAGAUAACAUACGUCGAAGACACUGUAGAAGGUCUUGAGAAUGCUCCAGCUGCACUCAUCGGCUUGUUUUCAGGCAAAAAUGUUGGGAAACAGGUUGUUGCCAUAGCUCAUGAGUAACCUAUCUAUUUUCCUUGGUGCUCAUGUGACCUUUCUUUUAUGUAUUUCAAAUAAAGAUAAGAAAACAUGUGUUGUAUUUUUAUUAGUGAUUAAAUCUGAUAUUAUGUGCAGUGUUGUGUUAAAAUGAUUUCAAGUGA